AACUUGUGCAAUCUGUUUUCCUGUGCGCUUUGGCGGAAAAGGAAAAUCCCGCUAACACAAGCAGUAACGUUCUGUAUGACAUCACGCACAGUUUAGUCCGUGCAACAGAAUAACAUAUAGUACUACCCUGUGUGGAUUAAAUGUUGGCUUAAACGUGAAUGCAGUGGAAUUCCGCCAUGUGUAGUCAACGGACCGGCUGUUUUGAGUGCAAAUGUUUAUAGUGAAUAUUCCCGAGAAAGCCCGCGGCGGUUAGGUUCACCUGGAAGGGCUACUGAAGUAGGGAGAAUUCGUCAGUGGAGGGAUUGUCCAAUGUCCGCUGAGGUGCAUCACGUCACAGACUGCAGCUACUCGUGAAUGUUGCGACAUCCUCGCAGAUGUCAUUUCCGGACCAAGAUAUAUGUGUGGCGGAUAUAAGGAGGUCGGGAACACUUCACCCCGUGUGUUACUGGCUGUAGGCUGGCAGUCUAACUGAAUCUCACCAGGGUUGAGGUUUGUUGUAACCAGCGGAGAGCCACACACGAAACAUGGCUGACGUCGAAAGCAAGGAAGUGACAGUUCCAAGCAAAACAGAGGAAGAGCAACCUCUUCAGCCUGCCCAAGAGUCUGCCACAUCGGUGCCCGUGGUAUCUACCCAUGUUACUAGAUUUGAAUUCGCGGACCAAACAGUUGCUCCACAGCAGGGUUUGGAGCGGGAACACUGGACCUGUAAUGCAGAGUUCAUCAUGGCCGCGUUGGCCUCUGCCACGGACUACAGAUAUAUGUUUAUGUUCCCGUAUUUGUGUUACUCUCUCGGAGGAAUUACCUUCAUCAUCCUGUACGGCACCUUCCUCCUCCUGUUCGGAGUCCCCAUCUUCUACAUGGAUCUAAGUCUGGGUCAGUUCUGUGGGAAAGGCCCAGCCCACAUCUAUAACCUCAGUCCACUACUCAGAGGCAUCGGCGUGGGAAUGGUAGUAGUGACAGCUAUGUCCCAUCCCCUAUAUGGUGCGAUCCCGACAUGGAGUCUAUACUACUUGUUCCAGUCAGGGUCCAUCGUUCUACCUUGGUCUACCUGCAGCAACGAAUGGAACACCAUGUCAUGCGUCGAUAGUCAAACUGUACCCCUUAACACAACUGGAGACUCCUACAUGUCCCAUGGACCGUCGUCCCCUGCGCUUGAAUACUUUUAUAAUCGAGUCUUGCAAAUGACCCCUGGAAUCGAACACUCCGGUCGACUUCAAUGGGAGCUGGUUGGGUGUAGGUUCGCAACAGUGCUUCUCAUAUUUGCUGCUUUGUUCUGGGGAGUUAAGGUUAUUGGAAAGGUGAUGUUCGUCACGGUGCCACUCAUCUUUCUCCUCCUUCUGGCACUGUUUCUAAGGGGCAUGACGUUACCAGGGUCACUGGAGGGUAUACAAUAUCUCCUCAUACCUUCUGUAAGGGGUCUCCUGGAUGAACGGACGUGGACCUCUGCUUUACUCAGUGCAUUGUAUACUGUGGGGGUGGCAUCAGGAACCAUCAACACGCUGGCAAGCUACAAACGCUUCAGAUCUACGGCACUGAGAGAUUCCUUUAUUGUUGUUGGAGUGUCACUGGUUGUAGGAAUUGUUUCAAGUUUGAUGAUGUUUGGCUUUUUCGGAGCACUUGCUGAACAUAAACACGUGUCGAUGGGCCAAGUAGUGGACGGUGGUAUUCAGGCGGUGUUCGUAGCAUUGGCGGAAAUGACUGCACAGCUUCCAGUUGCCCAAUUCUGGAGUUUUGCGUUGUUCUUCAUGCUUUUGUUGAUAGGACUCAGCAAGCAGAUCCUUUAUGCUGAGGUUGUUAUUACGGCAGUGCUGGAUUGUUUGUCUCGCCGGUCUCACCUGAUACGAUUCAUCAUCACUGCCGCCUUCUGUGGCGCUUCCUUCCUUCUAACUCUUCCCUACCUUUCACAGGGCGGUAUCUACUUCUUCAUCAUGGUUGAUGCCAGUGCUAUGCGGCUUGCCCCCUAUAUACUUACCUUCCUGCAGCUUAUAACAGUCGGAUGGAUAUAUGGCAUUGAGCAGUUAAGCAGGGACAUCAAGAUGAUGACAGGUCUCCGACCUCCUGUCGUCUACAAGCUCAUCUGGUGUUUCGUACUUCCACUCCUUAUGCUGCUGAUGUUUGUGGAUUCACUCAGAAAACAACACCGACUGGGUUUUCGCAGCUACCUUUUCCCCGUGUGGGCUGACGUGAUUGGCUGGUUCAUUUCCCUGCUACCCUUUGCACCACUUCCAAUGUUCGUUGUGGUCACGCUCAUUGUUACGAGGAGUCAGUUUCAGCCUGUUUUGAGUCCAAGGCCCGACUGGGGUCCAGCUGACCCGGCCUACCACGCGGAGUACCACAGCCAGAAGUCCAGAAACAUGACCCUGACUGACAAAAUCAAGGCAGUGUUCAGCAUCUGAGGUUAUCACUGAUCUUGCAGACAAGUGCCCUUUUCAUUCUCGAAAUGUAAUCUUGGAUGAAUUCAUAUACAUGUAUUUAAGUCACAAACAUUGUUCAUAUCGUGAAAUAAAAUAACCAUACUUUAAAGCAA